CAUCGGCGUCAUGACUGCACCUUUCAUUCUGCUGGUUAUGUGCUGGGCGUUUAGACUGAGCUGCAGUUCACCUGAAUGGUUCCACAACAUUUCUACAAGUCUCUUCAAUUUGUCUGGGGACAUUAUGCUCGGAGGGCUCUUUCCCAUUAACAAGCUCACCAGCAACCUCAGCCAGAGGAGGGAACCUAACAACGUCAGCUGUGAAAGUUUAAACGAGUAUGGACUGGGCCUCGCUCUAGUAAUGAAAUAUGCAGUGGAUGAGAUCAACGCAAACCAAAUUCUGCUCCCUGGCUUCAAGUUGGGUUAUCAAAUCUAUGACACAUGCAGACAAUCUGCUGUCGUUGUGAAGCCUACCAUCUCUUUCCUCACAGCAAAAUCUAGCAAAGUACUAUCUGUGGAGUGUAAUUACACCAACUAUGAGACCAGCAUAUCAGCUGUGAUUGGUCCUUAUAGCUCGGAAACGGUGUCAGCCAUAGGAAAACUCCUGGGAUUCUUUCUGAUGCCACAGAUUAGCUUCGGUGCCACCAGUGACAAAUUCAGUGACAAGCUUCUCUACCCGUCAUUCUUCCGUACGGUGCCCAGUGACAAAUGGCAAGUGGACGCCAUGGUGCGUCUGCUGAAGGAGUUUAACUGGAACUGGGUGGCAGUGGUGGGCAGUGAAGAGGAGUAUGGACAACAAGGUGUGCAGGAAUUCUCCAAAAUAGCAGAAAAUCAGUCUGUCUGUGUGGCCUAUCAGGGGCUGAUUCCAAUAUACACUGACCCUGGACCAACGGUCAAAACCAUCAUCGACAAUAUCGAGGUAACCAAAGUCAGAGUGAUAGUGGUCUUUUCUCUCGCAGAGCCAGCUGAGGUCUUUUUUAAAGAGGUUAUCAGGAGGAAUGUAACGGGUGUGUGGAUUGCUAGCACAAGUUGGGCCAUCCAUCGUCGACUGACUUCUCUUCCCCAUAUCCAAACAGUCGGUACAAUCAUUGCAUUCACUGACAAGACACAGACCCUGGAUCUGCUCACUGCUUACACACAGGAGCUCUUCAUCAAACUGAGUGAGGAGAGCGCAAAGACGUCCCCUCCAGCACCACAGUCUGGCAAUCCUGACAAUCCCUGCCCACAAUGUUGGAACUUGUCGUCUGCUAAUAUUAGCUUGGUGACAAACCAUGCAGUGCAGCGCACAGCUUUCAGUGUGUAUGCUGCCAUCUACAGUGUGGCGCAGGCAUUGCACAACCUGCUGGGAUGCAAUUCAACUGCCUGUAAGCAAGGAUCUGAAACCAAAAUCUAUCCCUGGAAGCUGUUGGAGGUUUUAAGGAAUACUUCUGUAGACAUAAAUGGCACAAAUUUUAAAUUUGACAGUAAUGGAAACCCAAACAUAGGAUACAAUGUGAUUGAGUGGGUCUGGGAAGACUCACAAUUAACCUUCACAGAUGUUGGAAGCUUUUAUGAACAACUGUCCAUCAACAAGUCCCUCUUCAAAUGGCACACUCUAAACUCAGAGGUUCCUGAGUCCACCUGUUCAGCAAAAUGUGGAAGAGGCCAGGUCCGCAGAGUCAAAGGCUUCCAUUCCUGCUGUUUUGAUUGUAUCAACUGUCAGCCAGGCACUUACCAGGAAAAUCAGGAGGACAUCCAGUGCAAGAAGUGCCCUGAGGGUCAAUGGUCUCUGAACAGCAGCACUAAUUGCACUGAACCCACCUUUGACGUUUUGUCCUGGGACACACCUGAGGCUCUGGAAAUGAUGCUGGCCGGGGUGCUGCUGCUGGUAUGUCAGGGGUCAGUGGGUGUUAUGUUCCUGAAACACCGGGGGACCCUAUUGGUAAAGGCCUCAGGGGGAGCCCUGAGUUUUGUAGCUCUGCUAAGCCUGAUGGGAGCUUGCCUCAGUCUGCUGCUCUUCCUGGGCCAGCCAGGGGACGUGGUGUGUCGUCUUCAGCUGCCCCUCACCUCCAUUUUCCAAACAGUGGCCCUCUCCAUUAUCAUGUUCAUCUCACUACAGAUAUUCUACGUGUCAGAAUUCCCAAAGAUGGCUGCCUCUCACCUCCAUAUACUAAGAGGCCCUGGAAGCUGGCUGUUUGUGCUGGGCUGCUGUGCUGUGCAGGCUGGUAUCUGUGGCUGGUUUGUUCAGGAAGGGCCCUCUCUGUCUGAACAUGUGAAAAAUAUGACAAUAAACUUUGUGAGAGGAUUUCUGUCAUGUCCAGUGUUACCCUUGACUGGAUUUGCCUUAAUGCAAGGUUUCAACACUUCAAUGGCCCUUAUAUCAUUCAUGUGCACCUUCAUGGCCGCAAAGUCUCUUCAUCAGUAUAAUCUUGCCAGGGACAUCACCUUCUCCUCCCUGAUCUACUGUGUGAUUUGGGUGAUCUUUAUUCCAAUCUAUAUAGGCUUGCAUGACAAGAAUAGGUCUAUUGUCCAUGUUUGUUUUACCCUGGCAAGCAACUUGGGACUGGUGGCAGCCUACUACUUCCCAAAAUGCUACUUGCUGUUGAGAAAACCUGAGCUCAAUACAGCACACCACUUCUGUACCUUUUUAGAGGGUGCCCCACCAACACCAGGUGAGGAGGAACCACAGUCACAGCCAGAGUCAGAGUCAGGGCAAUAAACUAAAGUGCAGUUUUAUGAUUAAAAAAAUCAAAGCAACUGUAAGAUUAAUGUUAUCUUGUAAAAUCUGCAUGCUUUGUUUGUGAACAAAGAAUGUUUGUGAAUUUAAUAUAAUUAACUAGCUUAGGCCUACAGAAUAGGUUACAGACAUACUGUGCAUUAGGCUAUAAUAAGUUGACCUAUAAUGUAACAUGAAUCUGUAAUCAUGAAAAACAGUUCAUGUUUGUACAUGAGUGUUCAUGUACAAAAUAUAGAAACAGUACAUUUUAAAACUUAAAUGUACAUUUUGUAUAUUUUCCUUAUAAUAAAGAGACUACAAUAGGCUGAUUCUUCUAAUUGAUUUUGUAAUAGAAAACUAUUAGAGUAAGAGUGCAAGAUUUUUCUUCUUUGAAAUGUCCCCUGGUUGCAUUCAGCAAGGCACUGCUUAUAC